AUGAGAAUACUGUUAUUAUGUCGCGCGAAUAACAACAUUUCUGCGAGUGCUACGACGACGAGUAGUACUACGACGAGUAGUACUACUGCGACGAAAAAGGUUUUGAGAGGAGGAGGAGGAAAAGCUUUGAGCAAAAGGAGCAGCAAAAGGAGUAAUUCAGGAGGAAAUUUCAUCGUUUUCGCAUCAUCGACAAAAAAGAAACGCAUCUUCAUCGACGGCGAAGCGGGCACGACUGGGUUACAAGUCAGAGACCGCUUAGAAAAACGAGCAUCGGGAGAUAUCGAGCUCAUUCAACUUCCAGAUAGUUUGAGAAAAGACGCCAAAGCGAGAGAAGAAGCGUUGAACGAAGCGGAUUGUGCCAUUUUAUGUUUACCAGAUGCGGCAGCCGUGGAAGCGGUGGCCUUGGUGACCAAUCCAAACACGGUGAUCAUCGACGCGAGCACCGCGUACAGAACGAACGACGAGUGGACGUACGGGUUUCCGGAAUUAUCGAAAGAGCAACGGGAGAAAGUGAAAACGGCGAAGAGAAUUUCCAAUCCCGGAUGUUACCCGACUGGAUUUAUCGGUUUGACGAAGCCGCUCGUGGAAAACGGGUUCAUUCCGAAAGGGUUGCGAACGACCGUGAACGCCGUCAGUGGAUAUACCGGUGGUGGGAAACAGCUGAUUGCUAUUUAUGAAAGUCCCGAGGCAGAACCGUACGGCGCGUACGGGUUCAACUUAAAUCAUAAGCACAUCCCGGAAAUGCGAAAAUACGCGGGAUUAGAGCACGAACCGAUUUUCCAACCGGCGGUUGGGUCGUUCGCGCAAGGCAUGUUGGUUUCCGUGCCGCUUUUUUACGACAACAUGGCCAACGUUAAAAGCGGCAAGGAAUUGCAAGAGUGUCUGAAAGAAUGGUACAAAGACUCCGCGUUCGUCUCCGUUCGCGAGUAUAACCAAACGGACGAUUUAGAGCGAGGCGCGUUUUUACGCGCGGACGGUUUGCGAGACACGAAUAAACUCGAGCUCUCCGUGUUUGCUAACGACGAGAAAGGCACGUGUUUGCUCGUCGCUCGCUUGGAUAACUUGGGUAAAGGUGCCAGCGGAGCCGCCGUGCAAAACUUAAACUUGAGCUUAGGCUUAGACGAAACAGUUGGUUUAUAA